CGGACGUUGCCUGCUGUAUACGAACGAGGAGUGCUGUGUUGUUAGUGACCGUGUGUGUGCAUGGCCGCUAUACAGGCGCUCUUUUCAACAACCAACGCUGACCAAGUAGGUCACCUUCAAAGGACAUACCGAACAGUUACGAAUUUAAAGGCUGCGUGUGUUACCGUGACUGGUGAAGGGAUGGUGUGACUCUGAAGAAGAAAAGUACUCCACAACUUCACACUGAAAGAGGAACUUGUAAACAUGCAACCGACUGGGUGUACGGCGAACGACGAACGUGGUAAGCGAGACACGGGGAUUCCGGAGGAAGCCAACAACGGCGAGUUGACGCCAGAUGAUCAAUCAAUGAGCGAUGAUACGAUACAGCAGUAUGAGAGGGAGAACGGUUACUAUGGCGAUCAGUAUGAUGCGGAUGAUGAGGAAGACACUUUCUCUGAGCAUGAACAUGAUACGCUGAUGGAGAAAUACCAAAACCUCUUCGACGAAAAGCCGCCAUUUCAGAUCAAGAGCAUCAUGGUUACGGAAACGAAUUACAUCGGCGAUGGCGAGUGCGUGAUUGAGAGUUUUGAUCACGUGGAUGUUGACGUCAUGCUAGUCCUGGACAAUAUAGCCAUAAAGGAUGAAGAAAAAGACGCGUUUCAGGAAGUGAGCCAGGAUAUUCCCGGGUUUGCAUGCGUGCAGUUGCGGAGAGAAAUGGUGGCUAUGUGGAAACAUUUUGAACUUUACUUGACGGAAGGUGACUUUGAUGGAUUUUACAUGUCGGCGCGAAAGAUGCAGAAGCAGGUGUUUGAAUCGCAUCGCAAGCUGUUCUCUAACUCUGUGCUGGAUCAGGAAACGUUGUCUUCUUUCAUAGCCAGCCACGCCGGAUUUAGAAUGCCCGAUGAGAACAUGGAGGCUCGAGCCGAUUUAGUCAUCAGUAUACCCUGCGACGGGUGGCCAUCUUGCGCCGAGAAAUGGUUCGGCCGACCGCGUAACUGGCCAUCGCGGCGAACAGCAGAGCGCAUGCGACGAGUUGGAUACCAUCUAACGGCGAGGUCAUUGAACCCGGAAUGUGAUAGACAUGGGAUUCUUUUCCGCAUCUCCAUGGCUCAAGUGGAGAAAGAACUGAUGCGGUUAUUGACGGACAAACACAUGUUUAUUUAUCAGUGUUUAAAAUCAGUUAUGCGUAAAAUAACGGACGAGUACCCAGCGAUACGCCCAGCACUUCACCCGUAUCAUUUGAAGACUGUUAUGUUGUGGGCGUGUGAGAAACACCGGGGAAUCUACUGGCAGGACACCCCUGGGGCGGUAUGCGUUCUUCAUCUUAUAGACGACUUGAUGAAUUGUCUGCUGAAAGGGUUUUGUCCAAAUUUCUUCAUGCCACAGUAUAACCAAUACAGUCACGUAAACAAAACGUGUCGUCUCGAAGCAGCGAGGAAGAUUCAACUUUUCCGUCAGCGACCGGAAAUAUUACGCGAAUGCCUGACAAGGUUUGGAUUUCUAGACGCGGAAAACGUGGACCAGAUUGUAGACACUCGGCGGCAUAAAGCUACUCUUAAGUUGUCUGAGUUUCUGGUCUCGUUGGACCCCCUCCUCUUUUCCGAGAGUUCGACCGGGUCUGAGUUUACAACGGAAAGCACCGAACGACUUGAUGAUGAGGUAUUCGAGAAACCACCUGUUGAGCACGUUCCGGGGAGUCAGAAAGAAAUAGAGCCAACGCAGAUGAUGGAGAAAUCACAGUUGUCACAGCAAUCGCCUCUAAAUCCCCGCCAUGCUGUUCCACACCGACCCGUGUCAAGCUACAGCUCUCGCAGUUUUCUCUCGCAGACUGAGAGUGUGGGAACGAGAGACGAAUGGACGAUGAUCUGCAGGACUUUCAACCCGCACAAGAAACAACAGAUGAGACUUCACCGACCGACGACGACCGCACGAAUUUUUCACACUCCAACGAAAGAGCAAAUCUUCGAAAGGUUGCGGAAAGAACUUCAUCGAAACACAACGGUGAAACUCGGCAAAAAACCAAGUAAGUUUACCAACCCUGAUACUACAGAACUGUACGAUUUGGAAAAGUCUUUAUCGUUUCAAGACAAGCUUAACGAAUCGACCUCAACGCUACGAAGUUUCUCGGCCAACAACAGAGGGCAGCAGCAGAGCCGUUGCAGUACUGUAUCUGCGCCAUCACGCCUCGACCCAGUUACAGGGAAGAUCACGUUUCCAAGUCUCCGACCCCAAUCCGCGCCGGCUUUGACGCGAUGGUCACGCGUUCUGAUUAACGGGACGUACAGUAUCAAUAGGUCGCCGCUGUUGAUCUCUGACACACCGGUAUCUGGUAUGGAUCACGGUUUUGUAAUAAAUAAAGAGAACGGUUGGUGA